AUCGGAGACAGCGUCGUUAGAUACAGAGUUUCCCAUGGCGACGGUGGAGCUCCUCCCCCGGCUGUGUCACAUGGUGAAGGGGGAGCUGGGAUACGGGUUCAACCUGCACAGUGACAGAACACGGCGAGGACAGUUCAUACGCAGCGUGGAUCCCGGGUCCCCCGCCCAACACGCAGACCUCAGACCCCGGGACAGGCUGGUGGAGGUGAAUGGAGUGAACAUCGAGGCGUUGAGACACUCAGAGGUGGUGGCGUUUAUACGGCGGGGGGACGAGACACGCCUCCUGGUGGUCGACGCGGAAACAGACGAGCUGUUCAAGAGGCUCGGGGUCACGCCCACCAGCACACAUGUCAGAGGUCCCCUGACGGGCUCACCAAUCACAAACGGCUCGCCCAAUUCACAGACCAAAUCCCAGUACUCACGUGACCCGUUCCUGGACAGCGGACUGCAUCUGAGCCCCACGGCAGCCGAGGCCAAAGAGAGGGCCCAACACGGCAAGAAGAGAGCGCCUAUGGACUGGAGCAAGAAACAGGAGAUCUUCAGCAACUUCUGA